AUGAAUUUGUGGAAUGUUUAUUUUGACGUUACUCCUGUCAAAGAUUGGUCUACUUUACAGUUUCAUAAACAUUGGAUCGAGACUCACAAAAACGAUUCUGAACAAUUAACUUAUGGCAAGGCUAUGGACGCGUUUCUUAAAAGUCUACGUGCGAUAAUCAACCGAAGCUCAGACCUCCUAAAACUCUGGAAAGCUAACGAACUUUUAUUGACUGUGGCUGUCCACAGCAAGGAAGACAUGACUUUUAGUCAUCCUUCUGAUGAUUUUUUAGAUCGUUGUGGUGUUGGCAUCCAUAACAAAGAAGACACAACUUUUAGUUGUCCUUCUGAUGAUCUUUUAGAUCGUUAUGGUUGA